GCACCAUCCUGCAGUGGAGGGCAGGCUGCUGCGGGCUUGGUCAGAGGAAGCACAAUCCACAUGGCUGAUUAUCAUACCAGUCGGCGUGGUUAAUAUGGAAUAUUUUCACAGAGCACGUCGCCAAAUCCUUUCACCGGCGAAAAAAGAGCCCUUUUAACGAGUAACGCAAAUUAGAAAGCAGUUCAUUUCGCCGCUCUUUAUGGCUUCUGGCUCUGGGAAUGAGGAGGGAAAUGCGGAAACCGUUUCAUGGAGACUCAUAGGCCCAGCCUCGGAGCUUUCCAAGAAGCAAUGCCGGCUGAUGUACUCCUCCCUCGGCUACGAUUCUGAUGUCUGCCUCUUCUAUGUGAAGGGGGAGUUCUUUGCCAUGGAUGCCCGUUGCUCUCAUUCCGGCGGUCCUCUGUGUGAUGGAGACAUUGAGGAGGCUGACGGGGUCCUGCAGGUCUUCUGCCCCUGGCAUGACUAUGAUUUUAAUCUCAGAACUGGGAGUUCAGGAACUGGGUUGCAGCAACAAGUGUACGAAGUCAAGCUGGAGGACGGCAGUGUGUAUGUGAAGCACCCGAGUCCGCUGUCCUUGCAGCCUUUCCCUGCAAACCAGAAGAGAUGAGCAACCUUGAGCGGCUGUUUCGUACUCAAGCCCUUUGUUUGACCACCGAGUUUCCUGAUUAUACAGCCUCCAGCCUGCAGCAACUCCACUACUCUGGCUUUUUUUUUUUUAAAGAUUUAUUCCACAAACCCAAGCCAUCCGAAACAUUCCUAAGCCUUAUCUGUCAUUUUCACAGCCGUUUUCCACUUUGAUUGCUGUGAACUCAGGACAAUAUCAAGGAGGAUCGUCUGAAGAGGACAUGACAUCAUGAAACCCUUGUGAAUUUUUCCUCACUGACAUGCUGGGUAGAGAGACAUCACUUGCACUUAAAAAAAAAAAAAGGAGAGCUGCGAGCUUGCUACCCAGACACUUACAGAGGGUUUACAUCUGUCCAACAUAAAGUACAUUAAU